CCUUGAACCCUACACAUGACCCUUCCAUGUCUCCCCUUUCAUGUUUUUUAUAAGACCCUUUAUGCCUCUUAUUCCCUCUGUCCCACUUCCAUCUUCCCAUAAACUCCUCAAAUUUUAUUUAUCUUAUGCACCAUUUCCUAGUGUGUCCGUGUGCCUAAAAAUUUUAUUCUCUUCUUCUCAACAAUUUCUUUCUUUUCACACCCCCUUUCUCCACCUAAUAACUUAAUAUUAUUAUUAUUGAUUUGUAAUAUGGCUAAUUCUACAAGUGGAAGUGGUUCACCUUGUGGAGCAUGCAAAUUCCUAAGAAGAAAAUGUGCAUCUGACUGCAUUUUUGCACCUUACUUUUGCUCAGAACAAGGACCUGCAAGAUUUGCAGCCAUACAUAAAGUAUUUGGUGCUAGCAAUGUUUCAAAGUUACUUUUGCAUAUACCAGCUCAUGAACGUUGUGAAGCUGUUGUCACUAUUGCUUAUGAGGCUCAAGCUCGUAUUAGAGACCCUGUUUAUGGUUGUGUCUCACACAUUUUUGCCUUACAACAACAGGUAGCAUGCUUGCAGGCACAGUUGAUGCAAGUGAAAUCUCAGCUGUCACAGAACAUGAACACAGAGAAUAAUCAGUGGACAGGGAAUAAUAAUAAUAAUAAUAAUAUUGGUGGAACACAACCAAUGAAUUAUCCAUUUUAUAAUAUGAAUCCUAUAUCUCCUCAGAGUUCACUUGAGUCAUCAAUUGAUCACAGCAGCAGCAGCAUGAAUGAUGGAAUGAUGAACAUGCAAGAUGUACAAAGUAGCAGAGAUGAUUUCUCAUUCCAACCAUGUAAUAACAAUAAUUCUAAGAAAAGAAUGUCAUAUAACAAUAAUUAUGAGCACUUGGGUGAGUUGCAAGAACUAGCACUUAGGAUGAUGAGGAACUAACUAGUUUGGAAGUAAAAUUACCAUUUGAUUUCUUGAAGGAUCGAUGAUGUUCUUAUGUUGAGGAAUUAUGCUCUUUUUCUAUAGUUGUAUAUAAUGAGAGUGUCAAAAAGAAAAAUAUGCAUUUGACGCAAUCAAACAAUCUAGACCAUUGAAUCAAGAUCAAAUAAUUUAUGUUU